AUGUUUCCAAAUACUACCUUGGAACAACUUGGCAGUGGAAAUGUUUCGGCAAACAUAACGGAGACUGCUGAGAUCUCAGACGACCAAGAAUGUUUUUUGAGCGAGGAUACCCAGACUGAAGUAAUCCUCAAAGCCACCGCUUACUUUCUCAUCCUUCUCGUUUCUCUUUCAGGAAACAUUUUGAUCCUGAUAAUCACUUACAAAAACAAAAAGUUGAGAAAAACGGUCAACUACUUCGUUUUCAACAUGGCCGUAUCUGACCUGUGUAUUCCUCUAACCAUCACGCUCAUCAGAAUCGUCAACAUCGUUUCGGGAUCAGAUUCUUGGAAAGUAGAGAGUCCAAGGCUACUGGGAAACAUUCUCUGUAAACUGAGUCACUUUCUUCCCGAUGUCUCUCUAAUUGUCUCAAUCGAAAGCCUACUCUUGAUAUCACUGGAUAGACUGAUCUCUGCCCUGUCUCCACUAAACACCACAUUUGAGUCAGCAAAAACACGUGUUAUUGGAAUUCUGAGUACGUGGAUCAUCGCCUUCGUGGUUUACUCUCCAUAUUUUUAUACAUUCAGACUGUUCUCAGAUGAAGACAGAGGGAUUCUUUGCAUCUCCGACUGGGAACCAGCCUUCGAUCGUCAAAAGACACACAAGAUAUACACUACAACAACUCACAUCGCCUUUGUAAUCACACCAAUUUGUCUUCUGAUCAUUGUGUAUGGGACCAUAGCCUGGGUCUUGAAGAAGAGAAACGACCGAAAUAGGAAACAACUUUCUUAUCAACUUCGUCAUCUAGAGCAACAGAGAAGAAAAAUCAUCCGCAUGACGGCGGCUUUGGUAAUAUGUUUCGUUACCUGUAUGAUCCCGACGGUUGUUUACAUGUUCACGCGAAUAUUCCUCUGGGAUUGGGAUGUUCCACCCAUUUGCGCGUUUGAAACUGUGCUUAAGUUCAUAGCUGGAUUCAUGGUGUUGUCUUGGAGCGCUUUGAAUCCCUGCACUUGCUUGAUAUUUAUGAGGAUCUAUCGUAAAAGCUUUGGAAAACUUCUACCGGUCCUCAAUUGA